AUGAAAUCAGAACAAGAGCAAUCCAACCCAACACCAGCCAAUAUCAACAAACAAAUGCUGGAAAUAAAAAAAAAGAUCCAACUUUCCGAGGGACAAAGAAAAGCGGCGUUCGAGGACUGCGAAGUCGAGAGAAAAACGAAUUGUGAGGAAAUCCACAAGCUGAAGAAGGAGAUCACGGAGUUGGUGAAGGAGUUGAAGGAUAAAACGCAGGCUACGGCGGGGGUUAAAGUGUUGAGUAAGCGAUUGGAGCGGCUGGUGGGGCCCUGCGAGGACAAGGAUGUAGGAGAAAUUAAAGAGUUGUUGGAUUUGCAAAUUAUUGACAAAUCGAAGGCGCUGAAUCUGGUAACUUAUAAAACCAAGAAGCGCCAGAAGUUCCUAUCCGAACUGGGAAAAGACUACCAAACCCUCGUUUCCCAAAAAGCGCAAAAAGAGGUGGUGGAAAAAGUCGACAAACCCACAAGAAAAGCAACCUGUGAUUUACAGAACAGCAUUCACGCUGUCGAAAUUCAAUUGCGUGAGGCAAAUCACAUUUCAGUCCGUUAUCGUGAUAUAAAAAAGUCGCUGAUGAGAGAUGCGGCGAGGUUUGAAAGUAACAUUAAAAAAAUCGAAGAACAACUGGAGGAGCAGAAGAGCGACAUUAAUGCGCUGCAGCAGGUGAUGAACGAAGCCACCCAGAAACGCGGGACGGCCCGAAACCACCUCCUUCGUGAGGAAAAGCUCGCCACAGCCAAAGCCAACUCCCGAGAUCGUCAAACCUCUGAGGGGCGCCGGUUGGUGACCAAACGGCGCCAAGAACUAGAACUUCUGGAAAAACGUAUUUUCCAAGUCACCAAAUCGAACCCGCGCCCGUCCACUGGGACCGCCGAAGACGUACAAACUGCUACUGAUGAUGAAAUACCCGAAACGCCGUCUCCUCCUGAAAAUGUGCUUUCUAGAGCUUUCGAGGUGCUGAAGCAGGCUACUGGAGCCAGUAGUACGGAACAGGUUUUGCAGAAGUUUAGUGCUCAGAGGGAUACGUUGGAGAGGUUGAUUAUGCUGAGGGAGAAGGCGGAGGAGGAGAAGAUGACGCUGGAGAAGGAGUUGGAGGAUUUGACGUCGGAGUUGGAGUUUUAUAAAUAUGCGGAGGUGAAAGAUAGCGAAAGAAAAUCGAUCAAGAUGGAACAAAUGCAAACCCUCAUCGACGUCGAGCACCAGCGCUCCCAAAACCUCCGAUCCCUCAAAUCCACCAAAGACAAAGCCAUCACAACAAUUUUAACAGCUUUACAAGACCUCCACCUCUGCAUCAACCCCCUGGCCAUGCCCAAGACCGACAUCCUCCUCAUCGUGAGCUCCAUCAACUCUGACUUGCGCACCGUUUUCGAAAAAAUCAAGAACGAAAAUAUCGAAGACGCAGUGGAGGAAAACAUCGUGACCGUGGAGGCGGUGGAGGAGAAGUGGCUGCCGGCGCCGUACAGCGGCCUCGUGCGCCGCACCCCGCUGCCUCAGCCGGGAGCGUCUCCGGCGCCGCCGCCGCCCCCGGGCUCCGACGAAGAGGAGGAGGUGCCGUCGAGGGGCUAUCUCAAGCGGCAGGCCCAGCUCGUGGUCGACGCCAAGCUGCGUCGAAAAAACGUGCGUUUGGGACAAAAAAGGAACUAA